ACAUUAAAAUUAAAAUAAUUUAAAAUUACUUUCUAUUUAUAAUUUAUAAGAAAUAAUGGUAAACGAAGCAUUUAAAUCUGGAAUAUGGGCAGCUAUAGGAAGCACUUUAGGAAAACUAUCAGGCAAUAAUUCAGUCGUUGGUGAAAGCUAUGUGAUAUGGGCACUUUUAUUGGUGUUGAUGAUUGUGGCAAAUACAUGGGGUUGCCGACACUACCUGCGCUCUUUAGACGAAGCCACCAAUUCCGUAGCACCAACUGUUAUAUCUGCUGCCUCUAGUUAUAUUCUAUCAGGCUUAAUAGGAGUUACGAUCUUCCGUGAAGCCGCAUCAAUAAGAUGGUGGAUUGGGUCUAUUUUAAUCAUAACAGGAUUGUCACUAGUUGCCAGACCAAGAACUUCUAAGAAGAGAGCAGAGUGACUAAAGAUAUUGAUGGAGCUAUAAAUACACCUUGGGACCUGAAUACUAUGUUGAUAAGAAGAAAUAUAGAUUAAGGUUUACUAA